AGUUCUGAUAAGGAUUCUGAUAAGAUUCAGUGUCUUGGUGUCAGUAUUUUUUCCUUGCAAGUAAUCUAAGAAGAUAGUCCAGUGGGGUUUGUAUGAGGUUUGGUGCAUUCCUAUAUGAGUAUUUGAAGAACAUAGUUCUCUCCAAGUUUUGAUGAGAUUUGGUGUAUUAGACCUGGUAUCUUUCUAUCUUUUCUUGUGUAAUAAACAACCUAAUUAAGAAGAUCCUGUUCCUUUCAGCUGCAUCUAGAUUUUGCCAGCAGAAUGGACAGAAGGUUGCUGGAUGCUGCCCAAGCUGGAAAUGUUGAGGACCUGCACCAACUUCUGAGAGAAAAUCCCCUUAUCCUCCACACUACUGCACUGACUUCUGCAGAGAACCCUUUACACAUAUCUUCUAUUUCUGGACAUGUUGAUUUUGUGAAGGAGCUGAUAAGGUUGAAACCUGAUUUCAUCAAGGAAUUGAAUCAGGAUGGAUUCAGCCCCAUCCACAUGGCAGCAGCCAAUGGACACCAAGAGGUUGUGAUGGAGCUACUGAAAUUUGAUUGGAAACUGAGUCAUCUUGAAGGAAGAGAUGAAAAGACUCCACUUCACUGUGCAGCUAUGAAAGGGAAGGUCAAUGUUGUUCGGGUAAUUCUCUCAGCUUGUAAAGAGUGUAUUGAAGAUGUGACUGUGCAAAAGGAGACUGCUCUGCACCUUGCAGUGAAGAACAGCCAGUAUGAAGCAGUUAGGGUUUUGGUGGAGAAGGUGAGAGAGAUGAGAAGGGAGGAUGUGUUGAAUAUGAAGGAUGAGCAUGGCAACACAAUCCUUCACCUAGCAACCUGGAGAAAGCAACGCCAGGUGAUAGAAUUCUUGCUUGGUGAUGCAACUAUACCUGGUUCAGGAGUGACUGAAGUAAAUCUGAUGAACAAUUCUGGUCUCACCGCCCUUGAUGUGUUGCUGAUAUUUCCAAGUGAAGCAGGUGAUAGGGAAAUCAAGGAGAUACUCCACAGCGCAGGAGCUAAGAGAGCUCAAGACAUUGCCUUUCCUCCUUCUUCUUUUGGAACUCAGAAUCAUGCUCGGCUAAACAGCACCACAACAGUUGAGACAUGUCCAAUGCAACCAAAUAAUUUGGUGAACUACUUCAGAUUUCACAGGGGCCGAGACUCUCCAGGUGAAGCUCGUAGUGCACUGUUAGUUAUUGCUGUGCUAGUUGCAACUGCAACCUACCAAGUCGGCCUCAGUCCUCCUGGUGGUGUUUGGCAAGACAACAGCGGAACAAACCAAAGCAACAGCACUGCCACAAACAAAGCACACUUUGCAGGGCAGUCCAUUUUCAGCUCUUUAGGCAUCAUCUCAUUCGGGAUUUUUGUGCUUUUCAACUCUAUAGGCUUUUCAGUGUCCCUUUACAUGAUCAGCAUCCUCACCAGCAAAUUCCCAAUGCAUUUUGAGCUUCAAAUCUGCCUUCUUGCAAUGUUCUUCACAUACAAUACAGCUAUAAUCACCAUUUCACCAGAUAACUUAAAGAUUUUCCUCAUCGUUUUGACAUCAAUUUUGCCCUUAACUGUGUCUCUAGUAGCCAAGUGGGUGAGAGAAUAUGUGAAGAAGAUUACUAAACUUGCUGCAGAUAUGGUGAACAGAAUCAGUUGAUGUGAGUCCACUCUUGUAUGCUAGUUGUUUUAGAACUUAAUUAAGUUGUGAUUUUAAUACUGUUACAUGUAAUUUCAAAUUCAUUACUAUUUUCAUAUCUAAUUUAAUUCACAA